AUGGACAACACAACUGCAGCAACAUUCAAAAUGACUGCGUAUGCUGUCAUGGAAAACUACAAACAUGGGCUGUUUAGUGUAUUUUUCCUGCUCUACCUCAUUACCCUUGUUUUGAAUGUACUGCUCAUUUCUGUUAUACACCAAAACAAACAGCUGCAUCAGCCUAUGAACGUGUUCACCUGCAUGCUGUCCCUUAAUGAAAUCUACGGCAGCAGCACUUUGUUACCUGCAGUCAUGGCUGUGCUCGUAUCAAAAACGCACGACGUGACCGUGAAGUGGUGCAUGGCUCAGGCUUAUUUCCUGCACACAUAUGCAAGUGGGGAGUUCUGCAUUUUAGCUCUUAUGGGAUAUGACAGAUAUAUUGCAAUAUGUUCCCCACUCCAUUACUACAGCAUCAUGUCUUAUUCAAAAACAUGCAAGCUCAUUGCAUUUACAGGUCUAUACCCAUUUAUUGUUUUUACAUCUUUUUACUCCCUUACCUUACAGCUUCGCUUCUGUGGAAAAGUCAUGCCAAAAUUGUACUGUGUGAACAUGGAACUGGUCAAAAAUUCAUGCACAAAUGCACAGUACAUAAGCACUGUAGGACUUGCAAUUCUUGUGCUUUUUAUAGUCCCCCAAUUAGUGAUGAUAGUUUUCUCUUACGCACACAUUUUAAGAGUAUGUAGGACAUUUCCAAAAGAAUCUCAAGCCAAUGCUUUUAGAACGUGUGUCCCACACUUGUUGUCUUUGUUGAACUACACUAUUGCUUCCCUUUUUGAAGUAAUCCAGACCAGAUUUAACAUGAGUCAUGUGGCUGUCGAAGCACAGAUCUUCCUGUCUUUAUACUUUAUCAUCAUUCCAACCAUUGCCAACCCAGUGCUAUAUGGACUCGGCACUCAGACAGUGAGAGGUUGCAUAAUGAAACUGUUUAUUAAAAACAAAGUCAUGACAACAGUGCUAGCAAAGACACUGACUGUGGGUUAG